AUGGCGGAGGGCGUAAGGGAGAUGGAGGUGUACACAGCAGCGCUCGAGAAGGCAGAGCGUUGCAAGAGUGAGACCGUGGCUAACCUCUCGCACGAGCUGCGCACGCCAAUCAUCGGCAUGAUAGGGAUGAUAGAGAUGCUGCUGGAGUCGCCACUGGAGGAGUGGCAAGCGGCGGACCUAAGGGACGCGGGGGAGUGUGCGCGGGAGACGGUGGACCUCAUCAACCGCGUGCUCGACCUCGCCAAGCUGCAGGCCGGCCGCCUCCAGCUCGAGGCUCUCCCGCUCUGCCUGCCUCGCGUUGUUCAGCAAGCUGUCGCGCUCGCUGCCCAAGACGCCUGCACUCGGGGUCUGGAAGUGUCAUGCCAUGUGGACCCAGGCUUGCCGGAAGUGCUGAUGGGCGACCCAACCCGACUGCUUCAAGUCGUGGGCGAGAUCACGUCGAGCAACACUCUAAAGGGCCACGUGACCUUCCAUGUGUGGUGUGCCGCCACCCCUCACCAGCAAGACCCUCAUGCAACCGCUUCUCAUCCCACCACACCUCGUCCCACCACCUCUCUUCCCACCACCCCCCGUCCCAACACCCCUCAGCCGUCCACCCCUCAGCCGUCCACCCCUCAGCCGUCCACCCCCCGUCCUGCCACCCCUCGUUCUCACGGCUCCAGCGCACCACUCUCAUCCCUCCUUGCUUCUCACACCCCAUGGCAAUCUCCCCCUCCCCUCAAUUCAUCCCAAGCCCCUCAAAACGCUCUCACCCCUCUCACUACUCUCACCCCUCCAGCCUCACCAGCCCCUCAGACCCCUUGCACCCCUCUAUCCCCCAGGACCCCUCCAUUAUCUCCAGCCCCUGCGGCCCUUCGAUCCCCUCACUCCCUUCCAGCCCCUCGCACCCCUCGCACCCCUCGCACCCUUCUCACCCCUCCACUAUCUCCAGCCCCUGCGGCCCUGCUCGCCCCAACAGCCUGGCAACAGUUGGCAGCGUGUGUGCGGCGCUUUCCCCCAGACACCCGCCUGGUGUGCACCCCUCAGAACCAAGCAGCACCCCUGGGAAGUCGCUCUGCACAAGCGGAGAGUCAGGGAGGGAUGCUGCUGGCAGGGCUGGGAGGGGUGGGAAGGCUGGGAGAGCUAGGAGGGUGGGGGGGGCUGGGCCUGCUGGGUGGAUGGGGAUGGGGAAGAGGUGCAGGGGUAAAAUGUGUGGACGAGCGGCAAAAGGCAGGUUUGGAGGGUGGUGGAGAUGGGCGCGUGGAGAGUGAUAACGAAGGGCGGCUAGAGAGGGAGGUGGCGGCGUGGGUGGAGGGGGCGUGCAGGGCGAGAGGAGAGGGCGAGUGGAUGGUGGUGAUGGCGUGUGAGGAUACGGGCGGUGGUAUACCACCCGAGGAGAUGCGGUGGGUGCUGGAUCCGUAUGGGGGCGACCUUCACCACUCCACGCACUCCCCUGCUGCUGCUGCUGCUGCUGCUGCUGCUGCUGCUGCUGCUGCUGAUGGCACUGGUGGUGGUGGUGGUGAUGCUGCUGGUGGUGCUGAUGGUGGUGGUGGGCGUGGUGACAACAAGAAGCAAAGAAGAUUCACGAAGCCAAGGAGGGGAAGCAGAGCCACCCCUCUCACGCACGACGAGAGGGCUGCUGCUGGCCCCGCCUGGACGCCCUACCCUGUCCGCUUCCUCCUCUCCAUCUCCUUGGUGGCGGAGAUGCGGGGAAGCAUGGCAGUGCUGUCAGACAGCGCCACAGGCACCACCAUCCUGCUGGCGCUGCCCCUCUCUGCACCGCCCCCCCCAACCGAACCUGGAAGCAGCAGCAGGCGAGGGGAGGGGCAAUGCAGAGGGCUGCACCCGUGGAUGGGGGUUCCCAAAGGGCUUUCCAGGAGCUCCUCUUUACACUCUAUCCCGUUAAGCCCAGUCGCCCCUUUGAGCCCAAUAGCCCCGUUAAGUCCACUCAACCCCUUAAGCCCAGUGGCCCCUUUAAGCCCCGUAAGCCUGCGGCCACAAGCCAUGCCACAGCUAACUCCCCUCUUAGGAGUGGGCAGCAUUGGGAGCAGCAUGGGGGGCAGCAUGGGGGUUGUUGGGGGAAUUCUGGGAGGCGGAGCGGGCGGUGCAGAGGCGGCGGUGCGGGCGGCGGUGGCGGGGCGGCGGGUGGCAGUGGUGGAUGACAACGCGGUGAACCGCAUGGUGGUGCGGCGAACGCUGCAGGGCUACGGGGCAGACGUGCUGCUGCUGGCCUCGGGAGAGGAUACUCUGCAAGCUCUCUCCUCGCCCACGGAUUCCUCUCCCUCCACGCCCCUGCAACUGCUGCUUCUGGAUCUCCACAUGCCUCCUGGCAUUGAUGGAUUUGAAACGGCUCGGCGAAUCCGGCGCAUGGAGAGUGAACAGCAACUUCCGAGCGUGGCAGAAGCAGCAGCAGCCGACGAAGCAGACGGUGCAGGAGCUGACCAGGCAGGAACGCCAGCAGCCAAUGAGGCAGGCACAGACGAAGCAGACACAGCAAGCAAAGCAGAAGGGGCUAAUGAAGCAAGAACCGAUGACGAGGCAGCGAGCGAGUUUAGUUUUCAGACGCCUCAAGAGUCCACGACAGCAGCCAACGGUUCAGUUGACGAAUUCUCUUUUCAGACGCCUCAAGAGUCAACAGCAGAGGGAGAGGCAGUGACAGAAGAAGCGGCAGGUUGGAGAAGGGCCUGUCCUCAGCGGCUGUGCAUCAUAGCGCUGACGGCAGAUCUGGAUGUUGGGGUGAAGCGAGCGUGCUUUGAGGCGGGGAUGGAUGGAGCCGUGCGCAAGCCGAUAGUGGCGCAUGAGCUGCUUGCAGCACUCGUGGAUGCGGGGUUUGCAGAUUUUGAGAUGGACGAUUCACUCAUAUUGUAG